GUCCUGUAAUUAUAGAAGUACAGCUAUUCACUAUGCUCCUUUUCUCUAAUCCGCACCCAUCGUCCGCAUCGUUAUUGAUGACUGAGAUCUCACGGUGGAUCCGAUCGCCGAUAAGCAGAGCUCAGCUGGACCCCCAAGCGAGGCCAUUCCGCAUCUCCAAGUCAACCUGCAUCCCCUCAUUUCUCCUCACCGACUCUAUCCAAGACGUACUCCCCUUUUGACAUUAGAUUGCGUCUUCGUUCAUAUUCAUCUCUCGUCAUGGCUAGGAAAACCCUCGUUGACCUUCACAAUCCCAACAUGGCUUAUCGCUUGUCCAACUCCACCCAGCUCCCCGAAGCUCAUCAGCAUGCUCCGGCUCCUUCUCGCCCGUCUGCCAACGACAAAGACGACUUUGCUCCUGAAAAAUAUGCCAAACCUUACUGCGAGUUCAUGACCGCGAAUCCGACUAUCUUCCACGCCGUCGAUGCCUUUAAGAAAGAACUCGAACAAAACGGAUACGAGGCCCUCUCGGAGCGCGACGUGUGGACGUCCAAGCUACAGCGUGGUGGAAAAUACUACAUCACCCGCAAUGACAGUGCCCUAAUCUCGUUCUCGAUCGGUCAGGAGUACAAGAGCGGUAAUGGUAUGGCAAUUGUGGCCGGUCAUGUGGAUGCUUUGACGGCCAAGUUGAAGCCCGUCUCCAGUCUGCCUACCAAGGCGGGUUUCCUCCAGCUCGGGGUCGCCCCGUAUGCUGGUGCUUUGAACAAGACCUGGUGGGACCGUGAUCUCUCAGUCGGUGGUCGGGUUCUCGUCCGCAAUGCUGAAACUGGAAAGGUUGAGACCAAGCUGGUUAAGCUGGACUGGCCCAUUGCUCGCAUUCCCUCUCUGGCAGAGCACUUUGGGGCUCCCGCUGACGGGCCCUUCAACAAGGAGACUCAGAUGGUUCCUAUUAUCGGUGUUGAUAACUCCGAUCUUUUCAAGCAGUCGGAAUCGCCUGCGUCUGACAGUGGAAUCAAGCCCAACACGUUUGCGGCUACACAACCGGAGAAGUUGGUCAAGGUCAUCUCCAAUCAGCUGGGCGUUACGGAUUACAGCUCAAUUCUUCGCUGGGAGCUGGAGCUGUUUGACAGCCAGCCGGCUCAAUUGGGUGGUUUGGAGAAGGACUUGAUCUUUGCCGGUCGGAUUGACGACAAGCUUUGCUGCUAUGCCGCCCACGAGGCACUUUUGGCCUCCGACGACAACACAUCCAAGGGCGUCGUGAAGAUGGUCGGAAUGUUUGACGAUGAAGAGAUCGGCAGUCUUCUCCGCCAGGGUGCCAACUCCAACUUUAUGAGCAGCGUCAUGGAGCGCAUUACCGAGGCCUUUUCGCCCUCGUAUGGACCCAAUGUGCUGUCCCAGACUGUUGCUAACAGCUUCCUCGUUUCAUCGGAUGUCAUCCACGCCGUAAAUCCGAACUUCCUCAAUGUUUACCUGGAGAACCACUCUCCCCGUCUGAAUGUCGGCGUGGCGGUCUCUGCUGACUCUAAUGGCCACAUGACGACAGACAGCGUCAGCCACGGUUUCAUGCAACGUGUCGCCGAACUUUGUGGUUCUACCCUUCAAGUUUUCCAGAUCCGCAAUGAUUCUCGAAGUGGCGGUACCAUUGGACCUAUGACCAGCGCCCGUAUUGGUAUGCGAGCCAUUGAUAUGGGAAUUCCACAGUGGAGCAUGCACAGCAUCCGUGCUACCACCGGUAGCUUGGACCCUGGCUUGGGUGUGAAGCUGUUCAAGGGCUUCUUUGACAACUUCGAAAAAGUCGACAAGGAGUUUGAGGACUUUUAGAUAUGCUUGUUUUUUUGAACCUUUUUGCUGUGGUGAGCUGAUGCGGCUUUUUUUAUGAAAUAGCUAUAGCGCCUUUGGGGAAUUUGAGUUCUGUUUUUUUCUUACGCCA